UGUUUUCGCCCACAACGCGUGCUAAGGUUUUACUUCACGUGACAUAAACGCGUGGGACUUUAGAGUUUACCCGGCCCAGACACGCAAUUAAGCAAUCGCUCGGAUCUCUAAUUUUUUCAGCUGGCACAAGGACCGGAUAUUUGUAAUAUAAGCAGAUGCUGCCGCUGGGGUGGUUCUGCUGAGUUGUACGUGCUUCGAUUUACGUGUCAUAUUGUUUGAACUUGUGGAUUAUUGAAACUGUUUGCUGUUUACCUUGAGUGUGCGAGACAUGGCUACUAGCGAAGAGGAAGUUGCUCGCCUGAGGGCUGAGCUGGCUCACAAGAACGAGCUUAUUGAAGCGUACCAGGGAGGAUACACUGCUUUGAAUCGGCAUUACACGUGUGCGGUCUGCGAUAACCUGAUGUUUGAGCCUUGUGUAAUCUCAUGUGGUCACUCGUUCUGCUACUCGUGUUUGCUUGAGUGGUUUAAGAGACGAAAGUCGUGUCCGACGUGUAGAACGAAGGUUGAAUUGAAGCCCACGAUUUCCAUUCAAAUCAAAGAAAGCGUUUUUCUUUUAACAGAGAAGCGUGAGCUAUUCGACCCUACAGAAGACAAAGAAGAAGUCAUAAAGAGACGGAAGGAGGAGAAUGAUCUAGUGGCCGCGCAUAAGCGCGACCACGGCGAUAUUUUCCCAGAUAUGUUUACGACGCCCGUCACUGAUUUCCUUGUUGACAACGAAGACGGCGUGAGACGGUGUAUCCGCUGUCAUUGGGAGCUUCUCGGAGACUAUUGCAGGCAAUGCGGGAACUGGAUGUCGGGAGACUACGCAGGGUCAGAUUUCGACAGCGAAGAGGAUGACGAGAGUUCCCUCGGCGACGAAGCAGAAGCUCGGCACCACAGACGGGCGGUUUUCGAUAUGCUCGCGCGCGCCGUGACCGCCGAUGACGCGAUAACCAUCGACAGCGACGACGACGACCCGAGUUGGUUUUCGGAAGAAGACGACGGCGGGGAGGUUGAUCGGAUGACGGGCAGAGCUCAUGUUGAUAUCACGCCCGAGCACUUUCUGGCCAUGCAGGAUGGGCAGCGGGUGCAGUUUCUUGAUCUGGAUGAUGAUGAUUCGCAGGAUGGGUUUUCGGAUGAGGAAGACGCGAGACCGUACGGGGCUGGUGUUUAUGGAAGACGUAUUGAUAUAGGUCGUCGCAGAUUACUAGGCGAUGACCCUUCCGAAGACGAAGAAGACGAGGAAGAAGACGAGGAAGAUCUCGCGUUCAUCGACGACCGCGACCCCGAGCAACUAAGCGAAGACGACGACAGCAACCAAGCAACCUUCUUCGACGACGAACCGAGUGACCACGGCGGCAGCCCGAGCUCGGUGUCGUCGGAGGUUGAGGAGGUUGCUGCCGGUGGGAGCUCGGCCGCGGAAUUGGAGCGGAACCGGGCGGUUUUGCCGAGACGACGGCCGGUUGUGAAGCAGUCUGCUGGUCCGGCUAAGAGGACUGAGUUGGUUGAUAUAUUUAGUGAUGAUAGCGAGGGAGAGGAGGAUGGCGAUGGAGAGGAGACUAAUAAUGAUCACAAUAUCGAGGUUCAGAAAGAUGGAGCGGACAAAGUUGAUGUGAGCGGCUCUAGCGAUGACAGUGCUGAUGAAGAUCAGGAUGAGCAAGAGAAGGAUGAAGACGAAGCCAGAUUCAGCUUCCAAGAAAUCCCCGCAGAGAGCUCCUCGGCCGCUCCCAAUCGCAAGAGACCACGAGAAGCCGACGACGGCGACGCUCAUCAAUCACGAUCCGCCCGGCGCGCUCAGCGAAGGAGGCGGCUCGAACAGCACCGUGCGCGGAGAGCAAACAGGAAUAACCGCGCAAACCGAUAACGCAGUAUGAAAGCUUUGCUCGCUCGCAUCCAUGGUUGUACAUAUUCAUUUUGGUGUAGGGAGGGGGAAUGUAGAGUGCAUGCACUCAAAGAUUAUUAGGUAGAUAUUGGGAAUAGCAAAAGAAUACUUCAGAUGAA